AAAGGGAGCCUACUGAAAAGCAGGCAGUCUCGCGGCAGCCGGGACUGGAGCACAGCUGCAGCCAAACUAAACAAACAAAACAAACAAACAAAUCAUUUAAACGAAGAAGAAGUGCCAGGCGAGAAGCUCAUCUGCAGAGAGAGAGGUCCUUUGGGGAGAGAUGGAUUCCGACUCCGGAGAACUCAGCGAGGGGGAGUUUUCUCCAGGCCAGGAAAGCUUCAACUCCAGGAACCUGGCUCUACAGGCCCAGAAGAAGAUCCUGAGCAAGAUGGCCACGAUGGCAGUGGCCAACCUGCUUACCGACGACACCAGCAGCGAGAUCCUGGACGAGCUGUACAGGGCGACACGUGAGUUCACCCGGAGCAAGAAGGAGGCCCACAAGAUCACGAAGGACGUCAUCAAGAUCGCGCUGAAGAUCGGCAUCCUGUACCGCAACCACCAGUUCAGCCCAGAGGAGCUGGAGACGGUGGAGCGCUUCAAGAAGAAGAUGAACCAAGCGGCCAUGACAGCCGUCAGCUUCCACGAGGUGGACUACACCUUCGAUAGGAACGUUCUCUCCGAGGUGCUGCUGGAGUGCAGGGACCUGCUGCACGAGCUGGUGGAGCGCCACCUGACCAUCCGGUCGCACGGCCGAAUCGACCGCGUCUUCAACCACUUUGCUGAUGUGGAUUUCUUGGCUGUUCUCUACGGUUCUCCUGAGUACAGACUCUACCUGGAGAAGAUCUGUGAGGGAAUAAACAGACUUCUGGAUGAGGGCGUGCUUUGACCUAGAUGUCUCACUCUUCCUCAUCCACUUGCUUCGUUUCGUUCUCUGUUUGAAGCCCUAUCACAUCUUCUGUAUAUUUGUUUCUGGAACAAGUUCCAAGGGUCCAGUGUCUUUUUCAUACUGUAACUCCUUUUGUGUCCUACCUUCAUGUGAAAUGCACUCGUCGGUAGGAAAAGUGUCCCGAUCUGUGACGCCAAAUAGCGUUUUACACACUGUGGACUUGUUCUUGUGGGUUCCUGUGCCGAUGAUUGUGUCACACAUGGUGGAUAAUGCAUCUCCUCUUUGUUUAAUAUAUACAGACCCAUGUACAGUAAAAUUUUACUUGUGAAAGGUCUGUCAUUAUGAGGAAUCUGGAGCAAGGGGCAAACAGAUCUGGCUUCAUAAUCACAAUGUAGCACAAAUACAGGUGUGAUCUGUUAUAGCUUAUCGUUUAUGAAAUUUUUAUGGGACAUCUUGCAUACAUAGAUCCCGGUGACCCACAUUGACGUUCCACACCUCGGAAUGUCGACAUGCCAAACAACCAGGCCAAAAGACCCUACGACAGUCCUGAUGCUCCAAGCCCUCGUGAUCAACCAUGUGCUCCUGUUCGUGAAGUGUGCAUACGUUUGUGCGCAUGUUUGUGUGCGUGCGACAGCACUGUCAACGUGAUUGUUAUUGUCAUUUAUAAAAACAACACAAUCAAUCGGAAUAA